GAUUGACCAGAUCAGAUCUGACUUCAGCGGCAGGUUCCAUGACCAGCCAUGCACCACGUUCGAGGCGAUCCUCGCCGUCCUGUGGCGGUGCCGGACGCGAGCAAUCAGGCUCGACCCAUAGACCCCAGUCCUGCUCAUGUUCGUCGCCGAUGUGCGCAAGCACGUCGGUGCUAAGAAAGGCUACUACGGCAACUGCAUCAUUGAUCAGUUCGUCGUGGCUACUAGCGGCGCGGUGGCGGACGGAGACGUCAAGGACGUAAUCAUGGCGAUCAAGCACGCCAAGGAUCAGAUACCUGGCCGGCUGAAGAUGAUGGCUCAGCAGGAGCUGUGCAAGCUUAAGGUGCCUACGUACCACAUGAUGAUGGCGUCGUCGUGGCGGAACCUUGGCUUCGACCGCGUGGACUUCGGGAGCGGGAGGCCGGCGAGAGUGACGUCCUCCGGGAAAGAUAUGCCACCAGCGCCGGCCGUGCAGGGCUUUCUGUCCAGUGGGAGGGAUAGCGUCAGUGUGCUGGCGGCCUUGGUCACGGAGGAGCACGCGGACGCUUUGCUUGCAGAAUUAGCCAAGUUGGUGUGAGAUCUCCCUUUUUCGUUCUAUCGUGCCAUUUCUGCCUCUUGUAAUUUUAUAAGUAUGUGUCGUGGAGAUGAAUUAAUUGUG